AUGCGUCAGCCUCGUGGACUGAGCUUUGUCAAGCGCACGCUCGACAAAUUGGCGCCGAACCGCGACAGCAAAGACGCAUCCUCGAAAUCCUCGAAACGUAAUGGCACCGGCACCACCACAUCUGACCUGUCGUCGGUGCGGGCCACGGGCGCCCUCACCUCGGGGUCCGUGACGACCCUCGCCAACAGCGUCUACUCGGAGCGGCUCGAAGACUUUUCCCGCACCCUGGCGGACCAGUCGCCCGGCAAUGACAAGUACCCCAUGCUCCGGCUCAACGACAAUCUGAGCGUCGCGAUAGGGGACUCUUUCGAGGGGAACCCCAGCAGCAACAUUGAGGACACGGUCAAGUUCGACUAUGGAACCGUGCGCGAGCCCAAGAGGAUCCGUCUGCUGCUCAUCUUCCCGGCGGCGCACUACAAGGACAUGCUGGAGACGAUCAUGUUCCACGCCGACCUUGAAGAGGUCCCCUUCCAGGCGCUGUCCCACACGUGCCCCGAGAAGGGACGCAUCAGAUGGAUGCACUGCAAUGGACGUGGGCUGUCCGUCACGGAGAGCAUGUACCAGGCCCUGCUUGGCGUGCGAAACGCGGCCCAGCCGGACGCCUUUAGCAUCGUGUGGGCGGAGGCGGUGUGUAUCGACCAAGAGGACGUGCGCGAUAGGGAGAGACACUUGCAUCUGGUCAGGGACAUUUUUUCCAGCGCGCACGCCACACUGGCUCAUCUGGGCGGUACCGAGGACCAACGGCGCAAGGCGUUUGAGACGAUUGACAAGCUACAUGAAGCAUGCAAGUACGACGAGUUCCGGGACAGGCUCGAGCAGGAUGAGCUUGAUCUCUCGUCGCUGAACCAUCUCUGCAUUGAAGACAUCAACCUCGAGAUCCCCCCCGAGAACCGUCUCGAGAUCACGCGGCUCUUCUCGCACCACUGGUUCGAGCGGAUCUGGAACUGGCAGGAGGUCGGCGUGUCGAGAAAGGUGUGCAUCAUGUACGGCGGCGGACUACGGACAUGGGGCUACUUUGCCGACGCGGCAUGGUGCAUGUAUCAGCUGCGCUGGGAGACGUCCAUCAGCGACGACUGCCUCGCGCCCGGCGUGUCCCGGGACGACCUCAAGCACUACCACAUCCUCCACCUGGACGAGCACCGCGACGGUGCCCUCAACGGGACGACUUUUACCCUGCUCAGCCUGCUGACCGAGUCGCGCCACUUCACCGCCGCGCACCCGCUGGACCGCAUCUUCGCCCUGUACCCGCACCUCGGCAACUCGCGCGAGCGGGACAUUGUCGAGGCCUUUUUCGACUACAGCCUGCCCAAGCUUGACAUGUAUCUCAACGUCGCCCUCAACUGCAUCCUCUCCCACCGCACGCUCGACGUCCUCCACCUCGCGCACAACGACGACCUCGACGCCGCCGCGGCCACGGGCUGGCCGUCCUUUGUGCCCGACCUGUCGCGACGGGACAAUAUGCGCAUGCUCGGGUGCAAAAACGGCCGUCGCUCGUGGCACUACCACGCCGCCGCCGACACCGCGCCGCAGCUGACCAUCCUCCACCACCCGGGCACCACCCGCGAGGGCAUCCCCUGGUUCUCGGACGACGUGCACAUCGUCCUCAAGGGCAUCGAGGCCGACGAGAUUGUGGCCCUCGGCGCGGAGAUGAAGGGCCCCACGCUGGGCUCGCACAACUUCCUCGCAGACUGGGUCAACACCGCCCUCAUGACGGAGCCGGGCCACAAAUUCUACACCACGCCCGAGCUCAAGAGGGCGAGGGAGGUGCUGCACGCCACCAUGAAGGACCACAAGCUGCACGGCGGCAAGAACCCAGAGUCCAACGCCAUGUGGGCGUCUCGACGCACCUCACUCCGCUCCGGCUCCAAGGAGAGACGGCCCACGCCCGAGUCGUCGUCGCGGUCCUAUCUCCGCAGCACCUUUGCGCCCGGUCUCAUCGAGAGACUGCAGAAGCUCGACAUUGACGCGGACGCCGUGCGAGAUGCGGACAAUGGCAUGGACCCCCUCACCAGCCUGCCGCACGACAAGAUGUACCCCGUCGGGGACGUCUCCGUCGUCGAGGCCUUUUGGCGCACCCUGGUCAAGAACCAAGACGAAAUCGGCCGCGAAGCCUCGUCCGAAAUGGGUCCCGCCUGCUUCGAGCCGUGGUUCAAGGCCAUGAGUGGCAGUGUCAGUCACAUGCUCGAGGCCCUCGCGCACGGGCAGUCGGACGAGUCGCGUCAACGUCCGGAGCCGCUGUUCAACGACCUGGUGCACAUGGCCUGCAACGGGACGCGGAUGGCGCGCACGAGCCGGGGCUUCAUCGGCACGGUGCCCCGUGGAGCCAAGGUGGGCGACAGGGUUGUCGUGCUGUAUGGUGGGCAGACGCCGUUUGUCCUGCGGCGCGAUGAGGAGGGCGAUACGUACCGGUUGGUGGGCGACUGCUACGUGCACGGCUUGAUGGAGGGCGAGGCCCUCAACAUGGAGCUGGAAGAGCACAAGUUUGAGCUGCAUUGA